AUGGCUAAUUGGAGGAGUUUUGGCGAUCGGAUGUUAAAAACAUUUUUCAAUCCGGCGAGCCUUCACAACUCCAGUAGCCGGCGUCGUGGUGGUGGUGGUGGUUGUUUGCUCCUUGGAGGCAUAAAAAAAGCCUCAACCUUUUCACGGAUCACCGGUUGCUCUUCUUGUUCUUCUCCACCUCCUCCACCACCCCCUGCAAGUCAUCGAUCACCAUCUUCAUCACCAUUGCUCAUGGUACCUCCCGGUGUUGCCUUUGUCGAUCACAAAAAUACAGGAAAGCACGACGACAGUAGCAGCAGCAGCAAUGAGGACUAUUUUCAUUUCUUCAGCGUUUCGGAGCAGAGUCAAAUUAGGGUUCCGAAGAAUCUUACUAUACCAUGGCAGAGGGACCUCCUAACCCCUGACGCCGCACGAUGUGUGGGCUCUUCUCAUGGCGGCUGGCUAGCCUUUGCACACCCUCGCAAUUCCUACCCUUAUCUCUACAACCCUUUGAUAGACUCCCCUCAUUUCCCCUACAUUCCCCUCCCUUCCAUCGAAACCCUACCCCACGUCCGCGGCGUUCGCCUCCUCAAGUCCGAUCACCUCACCCCUUCCCCUUCUCUCAUCACCCGCUUCCAAAUGUUAUACGAUUCAUCAGAGAUCUACCUUUCCUCUCGAAAAGUCUGCCUUUAUUACAUGCACAGGCUUGCUAUGUCAUCAGCCCCAUCGUUCCCCUGUUAUUCUUUUUCGUCAUCAAAAUCAAAACCAAAACUUGACGAGGACUGCACUAUAAUGGCCCUCCAUGGCAUGGGACUUAAUGAUAUUGCCUUCUGCAAACCCGGGGACGAUAGGUGGACCGUCUUGGACGGUUCGCUCCCAUAUUAUUGUGACAUCAUGUAUUUCAGCAAAGAUCAGCGGUUUUAUGCCUUGAAACCAGAUGAUGAUAGCAUUGAAGCUUGGGAUCUCAGAGAUCCUUCUUGUCCCAAAAAUCAAGUGUUUGAUAGUCCUUCCAUUUGUCCUGGAAAGCUUGAGGACAAACUUCAGGAAUCUUAUCAUUUUAUUCAGAAUAAUUAUUUAGUUGAAUCCUCGGGGGAUCUUUUGCUGCUUUACAGGUUCAUAGCUAACAUCAUCACUAAUAGUGAUGAUCUUUCUGAGGAACAACUGAAUGGACUGGAUGAGGCUUAUUGGACAUUGGGAUUUGAGGUUCGCAAGUUCGAUUUUGAUCACAAUAAGUGGGAACUUGUGGAAUGCUUAGGUGACCGGGCACUGUUUGUGGGUUCUAAUCAAUCUUUCUCUCUCUCAACUUGCGAUCAUCCGGAAUUGAUGGGGAAUUCCAUCUACUUCACAGAUGAUAACUUUAACCAAUUUAACCGCAAAUAUGGUUACCAUGAUAAUGGUGUCUUUUGCCUAGGAGAGAACAGCAUAAAACCUUAUUAUCCAAGCAGUGUGAAGAUGAUUGAUCCACAUCCAAUUUGGGUUGCCCCCUUCACAAUGUAG